AUGUUGAAGUUUCUCACAUCUAUUCUUUUUUGUGUUCCCACUAUACGAAAACGUUUCAUCGUCCUAAAAAAAGAGGGCUAUGCCAUUCCACAUAUCAAUAGGAAAGUACCUGCCUACAUUCAUUUCACGAAGACGCAAGCUAUUGACUACGCUGGUGGUUGGGUCGACGGCUCCACGUCUUCCGGAGAGUGCGUGGAUAUCUGCUCGGCUCCCAGUGCUACGUGUCUAACCAAGGACCCCACGUGCUUGGCAAAGGAAAAAGUGCCCGGUGACUUCGACUAUCUCGUCCUGGAGCAGCUCUUUGUGCCGCAGUUCUGUCGCGAUCUACAUGUCGGCGUGGACGGCACCAUCUCGCACCAGAACGUGAAUCCAUACCCGAACGGCACAGUUUGUGUCCCAGAGCGUGUUGUCAGCAAGCUGACAAUCCACGGUCUGUGGUCAAACUAUAACGACGGCUAUGUGAGCUGCUAUAACCCGAGUGACACGGUCGAGAACGAUCCAUACGAUGCCGUUAAGUUCUCUGAGAACCAAGCGACUCUCCUCGCUGAAAUGGGCGAGAAAUGGAUCGACGCAUCCGCAGACUCGACGUACGAUACACUGUGCGAGAUCUAUGACCACGAGUUGCAGAAGCAUGGACUCUGCUACGCUGCCCAAGGCGCUGGUCUUGAGGCCGCUGCCGUCACGUAUUUCGAGGCGACGCUCAAUACUGCGGAUCGUAUCAGUGCUGCAACCGAGCAGAUCAACGUCUGGGCGGCGCUUGAUACCCCGCAGACCACGUUGGCCGAGAUUGAAGCACUAUAUGACUACAAGGUGAUGGUGUUCGGCUCGGCUGUAGACGGCGAGAACAAGCUCUCGGUCAUCCGAACGUGUUACGAGAAACCUACGGAUAUUGGCAGCGACGGCCCCACGACGCAGAUCGAUUGCGCCAACGCCACGGCUACUUCCACGUUCUCAGUCUGCUCGGGUGACGAGCCGAUCACGCUACUACCGUACGUGGCUCCGGGAUCAUCCAGUUUAUCUACCAGCGCUGGAUCAGCUAACGACGCCUACUUCUUCAGAGCCUACGGUUGA